UAGGGAAAUGACAUAAUUCUAUCAAAAGUAAUAAUUUAUUGAUUUUAUUGGUAUGUGCAAACAACCCUAAAACGACAAUUUAGAAGGAAAUGAUGUAGUAGCUUCGUUGAUCAAAUUUAUGCACUGAUAGAAUUUUGCCCUUUGUUUGUGAUAGUUUAAAUUUGUUUGAGAGUAAAACCACUGAUUGUUGUGUGGGCAACAGGUGGUUUGAGGAAAAUUUUGGGUAUUGUCUAUCCUGAAGUCUCUGUAAUUCCUAAAAGAAGCCGUCAGCUGUUUUGGAGAGCUGCCGUUGAGAUGAGUAGGAAUGCAUCACAGCUCGCACUUCAGGUCCGAUAUCUAGAUUUUCAUAUCAGAUGGAUUGAUCUGAUUCAGCCGGAGUGUAACCUCCAGGAUGGAAAAGGUCAAGAUACUGAAAUUUAUGCUUUUAGAAACGCAACUAUUCAUGACAAAAAGUUUGCACAGGGCAAACCAUCCUAUGGUAUAGAUUUUGGGAGCCAAAAGCAUAUUCCUUCUCGGAUAAUGAAGAAUGCUGAAACAAUAGAUGAAGGGCCAGAUGGAAAGAAGUAUUGGUUUUCUGAAACUUUCAUUCCUUUAUAUUUGGUAAAAGACUAUGAAGUAAGAAACAAAGAAGAGCCAUCUCGUAAAGAUAACUUGAAUGUUGCAUCUCGAUGGCACAAAAGGCGGUUGAAUGCUAUCUGCAAGGACAUAUUUUUUUACCUCACUUGCAAGAGAGACAAAACAGACAUGUUAUCAUGUUCUGUAUGUAAUCAGGGUGUUUUAUUUAGGAAUGCUCUCAAGUGUAGUGCAUGUCAAGGUUAUUGUCACGAGGGCUGUUUAAUAAAUUCAACAUUCUCUACAUAUAAAGAUGUUGAGUUCUUGAUCACAUGCAAACAAUGUUAUCAUACCAGAUUACUUGCUCAGAAAGAGACCAGUUACAAAUCUUCAACCACUCCCUUACUGUUAAAAGGAAGAGAACAUGGCUCUUCGACAAUUUUGAAGAAACCAGAGCCUAAAUGUGAUGAUCAAAUACUGAGACCUACCAGGGUAAAGGAUUGUUGUCCUGACAUGAAAAAAGUUGCUUCCCAGACCCCUCUGGAAACCAAAAGCAGUAGCAGAAAAUCCUCUUGGGGUAUUAUAUGGAGAAAGAAUAAUAGUGAAGACACAGGCAUCGAUUUCAGGCUAAAAAACAUAAUUAUGAAGCGACCCCGUUCAAGCUUGCCUCAAUUAGAACCUGUUUGUCACUUAUGCCAUAAGCCAUAUAACUCUGAUCUAAUGUAUAUAGGCUGUGAAACAUGUACCAGGUGGUAUCAUGCUGAAGCUCUUGAACUUGAAGAGUCCAAAAUAUUUUCUAUGCUGGGCUUCAAAUGUUGCAGGUGUCGCAAGAUAAAGUCACCUGUCUGUCCUUACUCUGAUUCAAUGUGCAAGGAGCAAGUUGUAGAGAAGUCACACUCACGGGGUUCUAAGAGAAAAAAUUAUGGAGCAGAGUCUUCUGGUUCUGGAACACUAGCUGACACAAGAGCAAGGGAGCCUGCUACUCCUAUCUUUCCUAUAGAAGAUGUUUCUAAACAAGAGAACAGUCCUCUACCGUUUUCUCUUUCAAAUGUCGAACUGAUUGCAGAACCCAUGUCAGAGUUAGAUGCAGGCAUUGAGUAUAACGUCGUCUCUGGGUCAGGGCUUCAGAAAAUACCCGAGGAGGAAAGUAAUGGCACUUUUGGGGGUGAAGUUCGGCAUGCUGAAAUUUCAACACGGGAUGAAAUGAAUAAUCUGCCAGCAGAGGUUUUACCACCUUUUGUAGAACUUGACUCUCUGUUCUCUGACUGCAAUCUUCUGAAUGACUCGGAAACUUUAGAUAAUGAAUACAUGGAUUUUGAAUCCGAAACUGAUUUCUCCCUGUCUGAACUUCUGAACCUAGAUAAUAACAGUCAAUUUGAGGAAGCUGAUGUGCCCAGGGACUUAUCAGGAUUUGCAAAAGAUUCUUGUACACUAGGCGUUCCCGAAGAACGUGCAACUACUAGUUUACAGAACAACCAGGAACCUACAAUUUCAUCACAUCAAAAUGUUCAUAAUUGUUCGCAAUGUUCAAAAACAGAACCAGCCCCCGAUCUCUCUUGUCUGAUUUGUAAGAUGUGGAUUCACAGCAAGUGUUCACCCUGGAUUGAAUCACCAUCUAGGCUUGGAGAUUGGAGAUGUGGUAAUUGUAGGGAAUGGCAAUAACUGAAUUAGUCAAUAUCGGCGGAAUUAUACUCCCUAGUUUCAUCUCAUCAUAUAAUCCAGAUGUCUCAAUGAAUGUGCAUGGAUUAGUGUUGAAUUCAUUGCAGUGGUCCUGCAGAGAUUAAUGGAAUGCAAGGUGCUGAGAUUUUUCUUGUCACAGAUCAUGGUGGCAACUUCCCCAGCACCAGCGGUCCCAAUUUUGAUCGAGCAAUUCUUCUAUUAUGAUCAAGUGGUUCUUAUAUACUCAAUAUCGGCCGACUUAUACUCCAUAGUUUCAUAUCAAUUUUUUCCCCCGACAUUGCAUGGUUUACAUAAAUUUGCUCGUCGGGAGAUAAGCAGGAUUUUAGGGUGCUUAUCUGACAGUAUUUAUUUGCACAGAUUAAUAAUGUGUACAAUUUUUUGCUCGGUCAAAAUUGAAACUUUAACCUCUGAUCCAACUCUUGGGUUUUUGGUUUGUACUGCCUGAGCCAAGCACACCCCUAAGUGCUUCGGGAACAAGAAAAUUCAGUACUUUUGUAGCAUUUAUUUUUUUAAACAAAAAUCAUGUUCA